GCGAACCCCAAAGGCGGGAUUUACCAGUGUACAAGCCAAUCAGUGCCAAGUUAUUAACAUAUGUAGAGUGUUCCGGACGGGCGCACAUGUCAGUAGAGAUAUGAUACUACAUGGCAAGAACAAUGUUUGAAGCAGGGACUUCAAUUGUAAGUAAAACCCAUCGCAAUUAUUGGGGACUGAUCUACAAGUAUAGAUAUUUAACCCGGGAAGCCAUGCUCCUCCAUACUGUAGAGAACACAAGAACAUGGAAGAAGCAUCAAAAGAAUAAUAAAAUCAGCAAUCCGAGGAAAGGGACAGAGGAAAACAUUGAAAUGCUGGACAAAUUACCCGAGAGGCACACCUGUCUAGAAGUUGGUAGCACCCUAAAACCCACAGACUCAUGGACUAAUUUGGUUAAAUGUGGAGUAACCCCUAUUGUACAGGGUUCGCUGAUAGCUGCUUCUGGGGACAACGGGGUAGCCAACCGGCAGACUUUAGUAAGCAAAACGCUGGUUGCGGCUGCUUUGAGUGAACGAUGGGAGGUGGACAGUAGGUUCUUGUCUGAUGCCAGCCCACCAGCUAGUGGACACCGUUCUUCCUGCCACAACACGUGCCUGACCAAUGUGGUGGCUAUAGACUGUGAGAUGGUUGGCACUGGGCUAGGUGGGCGCACUAGUGAAUUGGCACGCUGUAGUUUGGUGGAUUACCAUGGCAACGUCCUGUACGAUAAGUACAUCCGUCCGUGCCAGCCUGUGACCGACUACAGGACCCGUUGGAGUGGCAUCCAGAGGCACCAUUUACAGAACGCUCUGCCCUUCCCAGAGGCUAGGACCGAGAUACUACGAAUACUGGAGGGGAAAGUAGUGAUCGGCCACGCUCUGUAUAAUGACUUCCAGGCCUUAGACUUGACACACCCAGGUCACAUGAUCAGGGACACCAGUGGCACGCGUCUGCUCAGACAACUGGCUGGCUUCCCCACAAAGCGCUGCGUCUCACUCAAGAUCCUGACAAACAGCCUCCUAAACAGGAAAAUACAGGUUGGAAGAAAGGGCCACAGUUCAGUGGAGGAUGCUCUGGCUUCUUUGGACCUGUAUAAACUAGUGGAGAGGGAGUGGGAGCAGGACAUGCGAGAGAGAAUGAGGGACUGGGACGUAGGCACUCUCCCAGACCCCGCUACCUCAAACCACUACAUGCAGGACCAAUACUGGCCAGAGGACUUGACUGAGGACAGUCGGUGAGAAGGCUGUAGGACAGUCGGUGAGAAGGCUGUAGGACAGUCGGUGAGAAGGCUGUAGGACAGUCGGUGAGAAGGCUGUAGGACAGUCGGUGAGAAGGCUGUAGGACAGUCGGUGGGCAUAGUACUAGGCCAGGGGUAAUAAGUCAAAUUAUUAAAGUUGCCAAGCCUGGCAGUAUGGUUUAGUCAGUAAGUGUUUUUCUGACUAUGGUUAUUAACUCAAUCAUCCAAGCUGGGAGGGGUUGUCGCUUCAUCCAUUUGGUGUAGCCUGCAGCAUUCAGCCCGGCAGCCGCUGGGGACGAGGUGUGUGUACGUACCCUUUAGCAGACGCUUUUAUCCAAAGCGACUUAGUCAAGUGCGUACAUUUUUGUGUAUGAGUGGCCCUGGGAAUCAAACCCACAAUCCUGGCAUUACAAGCACCAUGCUGUACCAAACCAUACAGAAUCAGUGGGUCAUUGCAACAAAGGUCUGGGGUAGAGUCAAGUGGUUCAAUGUCAAGAAUGGGUACGGUUUCAUUGAUUUUCAAAAUGAGUGGCCUAACAAUGCUCUACCUACAUAGCCCCAGUCACACUUGCAGCUGAAUGAAUUUUGCCGUGUGAAUUAAAAUGGACGCGCACACGUCGACCUUUAUGCCCACAAAGGCACAACAACUCCUCUCAGUUUGAAUGUGGGCAACGGACAUGCAGGUGGUUGCACACCUUUUGCUAAAAUGGAUGUUAUUGAUGGUUUUUGCACUUGAAACUGAAAUAUGUUGGUAAAAUGUAAGCUAUGCAUCUUAUCCUUUCACGAGGUUGUCUAUGGUAAAUACAUAUAUUAGGAAAUUGGCUUUAUGAGGAAUUGUUCAUCUCUAUCAAUGAUUUGAACUGGGAAAGUGGGAGGAAUUAAGAAGUAGGCUUGAUGAUAAUUGGGAAUUCAGCCUGUGUGUCGAGUUUGACGUAACUUGCAGAUACUAGUGCUAAUCAGAUAUGAAAUGUUGUAACUUUACUUUAAACGUGGUUUGGAAGUAUCAAACAGCAUGUUGUGUUGUGAAAAUAUUUGCAUGGAGUUUGAAGUUGUGAUUUGAAUAAUCAUGUUGCGGACACGAUUGUGUUCAUUUUGUGGAAAGAAAUGUUGGAGUUGAAUUUUAGUAAAAUUGCUGCUGUUAAACAAUGCUUUUAACUUUAAAUGCACAUGCAAUGUUCUGGACUUGGGUUUUAUGCAAGGUGAAAUCAUGGUUCUGUCUGGACGUGCACUCAGUCUAAAACAAUGGAGGCUGUUGAGGGGAGGACGGCUCAGUAAUGGCUGGACUGGUGCCAACGGAAUGGCAUCAAAAACAUGGAAACCAUGUGUUUGACGUAUUUUUGAUACCAUGCCGCUCCAGCCGUUACCACGAGCCUGUCCUCCCCAAUUAAGGUGCCGCCAACCUCCUGUGGUCCUAAAUGACUUUCUUAAAGAGGUUGUUAAACAGAAUGUUACGUCUUGUACUUUUAGAGUUAAUGCUGUAUAUUGAACUUAUUCAAGUUGUUUGACUUCAAUCACCAAAUAGUGAACAAUACUGCCUACUUCAUGUUUUCUGCUGCUACUCCAGGAAGGUCCUCCUGUGCCCUAAUUGAAUAUCAAUAUAUUCAAAUCUACUAAAUGUACUGGGCACUGUACUUAAACUGCAAAUGUGUUUUUUUUUUCUCUUUCAUUUUCUUUUUUGGAGUCUUGACCGACUAGCAUGUCUUCUGAAUUUAGAAUUCUAAAUGUUCCACAUCAGAACACAUACUUUGCCCCCAGUCUCGAAAGCCUGUUGUUUCCUAUCAUGGAAAUAGUUUUUUUUCCCAGUCUUUAAUACUGACUUCCUGACUCCUACUUGUUUUUGUAUUUUUUUUUUUACCCUCAAAUAUAAGCAACUGUGGCAAGCCUUAAAAAAUAAAUGGUUUCAAAACCCUUGGUGACA